UCCAAGGGGAUCGCACACAGACGCACACUCACACACACACACACACACGCUACGACGAGCCUGGAACAUGCCGAGCAGUAAACAUGUAGGAGUCUCCACAGGUCUGCUGCGUGCCGAGCCCCAGAUGUUGCUCGCCAGGGAUCGACUGAUGUAAAAAGGAAACAAAGGUUAUGGAUUCGAGCUCUCCUUGUUUAAUCCUCCUCAUCCUGAUUGGCUGUGUUGAAUGCUCCUUUGAAAACCACCACCAUCUCCACCACAAUGGCACCCGCCGCUAUGAUUACUGUGUUCUUGGAGCCGGGCCUGCGGGGCUGCAGAUGGGGUAUUUCCUCUCCAAGGCUAAAAGAGACUACAUCAUCCUGGAGAGGAACUCAGGGCCGGGCAGCUUCUUUAACAAGUAUCCCAGGCACAGAAAGCUCAUCAGCAUUAAUAAGAUCCACACGGGGAGGCAGAACCGAGAGUUCAACCUGCGCCAUGACUGGAACUCACUGCUGAGCGACAAACCUGACCUCCUGUUCCAGAGAGUGAGCGGUGAGUUUUACCCUCCAGCUGAUGCCUUCCCGCUCUAUCUGUCCAUGUAUGUGAAGGAGCUCGGGCUGAAGGUCCAGUACGGCGUGGACAUCGGGAGGAUCAGGGCUGUGCCGUCAGCCGCUGGCAGGAGCUACAUCCUGACUGAUCAGCACGCAUCGGACUACACAUGCAGCGUCCUCCUGGUAGCCACGGGGUUGUGGGUCCCUCAGAAGGUAGAGUUCGUCGGUUCUGACCUGGUUGAGGGCUACGAGUCCAUCUCCACUAAUCCCGAGGACUACAGGAACCAGGCCGUACUCAUUCUGGGCAAGGGGAACUCGGCUUUUGAAACAGCCCAGAGCAUCAUGGGAAGAGCGAGUCGGGUGCACAUGCUCAGCUCCAGCCCCGUUCGACUGGCGUGGCAAACGCAUUACGUUGGAGACCUCAGAGCUGUUAAUAAUGAGCUCAUAGACACAUAUCAGCUCAAGUCCCUCGACGGGUUGGUGGAGGCACGGCUGGAGAAAAUAGUUAUCGCUCAACGAAAGGAGAACGGCGUGAGGAGAUCAGGUGGAAGGAAGACGGAGAGGAAGGGGCAGCUGUAUGUGACUUUAAACAAGUACACACAGGAAGAGAAGAACAGCUCUGACGUGACAGGAGAAGAACUGCCAGGGUACCACAUCGACAACUUCUCCAUGCGAAAGCCUUACGACCGCGUGAUUCGAUGCCUUGGAUUCAGAUUCAACUUCAGCAUAUUUGACAGCUCUAGCUGUCCCCCGAACAGUGAAAAUGCCAAAGGGAGGUUGCCGGGGGUGACAGCCUGGUAUGAAGGAAAGGACACCCCUGGCUUGUUUGUGCUGGGAACUGCUGCUCACUCCAGAGACUACCGCUCAUCUGCUGGCGGCUUCGUCCAUGGGUUCCGUUACACAGCUAGAGCUGUACAUCAUGUACUUGAACAGCGUUACCAUAGCAACUGGUGGCCAUCGACUAAACUGUUGACAACGCAGCUUCAGUCCUGGAUUCUAAAGCGGGUCGGCGAGGCCUCUGGGCCGUACCAAAUGUUCGAGGUGCUGGGGGAUGUGAUACUUCUUCGAGGCUCCCACUGUGAAUAUAUGGAAGAGUUUCCAAUCCAGGCUUUGCCUCAGUUCUCCUCUCUCUCGGGCCAUGAGAUCUCCAGCCAUGGACUGAUUGUCCUGGUCAUGCAGUAUGGGAAGAACAAGAUAGACUAUCUGGGUCGGGGCAGGGCUCAAACAGACUGGACCAAAGCUUGGAAGUCUAACUUUCUGCACCCUGUUUUAUACUACUAUGACAAACUUCCUACAGAGGAAGAAAUGAAGCUGCGUCCCCACGGCUGGCCUUUACCGAGGCCCAAGGCAAUUCAUCACAUGGUUGAGGACUUCCUCACGGAAUGGGAAGGUCCAAUCUCCCACAUCCAGCCGCUGCGGCGCUUCCUGGAGCACUGUGUGCAGACUGACCUCAGGGCCUUCUAUGCAGAAUCAUGUUUCCGUGCAUCCCUCACCCAUCGCACGCCGCCGCUGUUUUGUCAGCAAGGAUACUUGAAGCAGCAGGGCCUCUCCCACAACGGUCAGCUGCGGCAGCACGUUCUCGAUGCUGGACUGACGCCCACUGAGCAAGAUGCAGGAAAAUCCGGGGCCGACCCCACUUUUCCCAACUACCUGGCACAAGCUGGAGCCUCUGUGUCUUCAGGACUGAAAAUUGACUUCUGAUUGUUUUUGAGUGUGUUAAAGCAAUGCCUAUGAUGCUGUUUAAGUCCCUCAGACUUGCUACCUCCUGCACCCAUUAUAAAUGCCUCUUCAAGCCCAAAUAUGUUUGGUAUGCCACCCUGCAGAUCAGUGGAUCCCUGACCUGUUAGGCUUCUGACUCCUUUGAAUUGAGCAUUUAUUCUUGCAAUCACCUCGUCACUUGAUGAAAAUAUCGAACACUUUACUAUUUUAGCCAAAGAGAGAUUUCCCUCCCUUUAUUUUAAUUUUUUGAGGGUAAAAUAAGGUAAGAUUAUCCAGUAAUGCAUAAAAAAACAAGGCAUACAUUAGAGGAAAGUGAGUAAAUAUGCAUAUUUCCUAUUCUGGACCCACAUAUUUCAUUAUCAUGGUAACUACUGUUUAUCCCUGGAGAGGUACCUUGUCAUUUAAAAGCUUCCUUCUUGUUUCCUCACAAAAUAUUUAUAUAUAUUAUUAUAUACAAUUUUCAUAUCAUGGAAAUCUAUAUUAAAUAAGGCUAUAUUGGUGGAGGGUUACUGAAUGAUUAUGCAUUACACAUUUUACACGAUGUUACCGAAAUAAACAUACAUUACAUAAAAAAAA